UUUAUUCUUUCGGUGCGUGGCUUAGAAUCAUAAUGCAGUGUGCUACAGCCCAUGCCGCGUUGCAAGACAGUAUCAUCCGGGCCCGAGAAAGAUCUUUAAUAUCACGAACUCUACCGACUCCACCUCAAACUCAACAACAGACUGCAACAAGUCCAGGAUCCCAGAGACGACCAGCUUCUCCCAUAACACGUGCCAAUGAUUCGAAUCAAGCUCGACAACAAGACCAACGGCCGGAUUUGGAGCGACAGGGGUUGCCCUCGCUGUCUUCGGUGCUUCGAUCUUUGACCAGUAAUGAAGUGAAUGCACUUGAUGCAGCAGAUGCUGGCGGCCCAUCAUCAGGAGUGGGACGGACGACCUGUGCACAAGGAUCUCCAAAAACUCAAGGCUAAGCCACCAUCUUCGCGACAACGCAUGUUCAAGCGGGUCACCAAACGUGUGGUGUAUCCGAUCUUGGCGAAGCAGUCGCUGCACACAGUAUGUUCGGGCUCACGACACUGAUCUCGUGAUGGAAUCAAGGACUUGAGCGUUGAA